AGAGUGCGUUCUAAAUAGAAUGUGUAGGGGAACUCGUGUUUUUGGCUAAAUAUAAAGACGGCCAAGCCUAGCCGGCCUAUAGGAAGGAGGUCAUAUGCAUAACUGAUAAAAAAUGAAUCAUCCAAGGCCUGGAGGUGGAAACCCCUCCUACAAUCUGGGGGUACACAAUUCUAAUCCUACCACAAGAGAUGCAUCUCCGAAUAGGGGCACCGCUGGAUUUGCCACACCCCAAGUCCCUCUCUACCCUACGCAACCCACACCUGCUCAACUCCCCCUACCCCCUCCUAUCGCCCCCCAGCGAGUGGGUCUCCUACCACAUCCGGUUGGGUUUCUACCGCCCCCGACAGGCCUCCUUAUGCAAGGUGGUCUCCCUCCUCCUCCUGCUCCGCCACAGUUCCUCCAGGGUCCGCCCCCUCCCCUCCCACAGCCCGGGGAACUAGGCGGCAUCACCUCUCUCACAGGCAUCACAGCCACUGUCUCCAGUCUCGGUUUCCCGGCAUCUUGCAAUUUUGUGCUGGGACUGCUACAGAGUUAUUUCAACACCAGUCUAGCCAGCACUGACACUCCCUCUCAGCUGACCAGAGACAACCUUCAAACACUUAUCGACCUUUUUGUUGUGUUCGAGCCAAGAGCUACAAGUAUCUUCCCUGGGGGUGCUCCUGUCCUCCCGCCUUUUAACGAGGUCCAGUUGUUGCUGUCUAUACACGGACAGUUAGAGAACCAGCAGAGCAUGGAAUUGUCCUACUGUAUAUUUGACGCCAUCUUUGGCAGCCUCAAGAUCAGCACUGACACACCCACAAAUGGCAAGUUUGACCUCCUUAAGAGGCUGGUGUCCUUUGCCACGAGUGCAGAGUGCCCCAACCUCCUCAACUGCACUGCUAUCUGGAUGAGGUUUCAUCCCACUGAGGCUGCUGCUCUUGUGAAAGCUCUCUACCAUGAUUUCUGCGUACUCCUCCCAGAUGCACAUGGUCCAUUACUGCAACUUCCCACCACCUCUCCGCACUUUGCCCAGCAGCUGGCCCUCUCAUUCACAUCCUUGCAUUCCUUCUACAGUGUCACUAAAACAACCAUGGAUUCGUCACAGCCUAAUCCACCAAUCAGAAUUCUUCAAAUUGUUUACCAUUGGCUAUCAACGUAUCCAAACUUACUCUCUCCGCCUCCUCUUCUCAACAAGGAGAUUUCCGAACUUCCACUAGUACAUUCCAAUUCCAUCAAUUUUGAUUCCGAAUUCCCAAAGCCUGUACUACAAUGUUUGCUACCUGGACUAAUGCAGUGGUGUGUUUUGGCACCCCUUUGUCCAAACUAUCCGACUAUCGCUAAGAAGACCGAAUCUAAAUCCAAUUACAGCAAAGACUCAAGAGAUAAACCUAUGGAUACCUCAAGUUCAAAGUCAUUGGACGAUAAAGACAUGCAAAUGAUAUUGACGUCAUUACAUGCUGAUCUACUUUCAAGUAUUCUCUCACUCUCAAAGCCGGUAACUUGCCAGAUGUCAGGAAAGGAAAUGGCCGUGCUGAUUGCUAACCUGCUUGGGUAUUACAGUCACAGGAAGCAACGUGGUGAGGAAGAGAUGGCAGAGAAGAUGGAAGAGUGUGUGGAGAGGCUGGCACAGCUGCUGCAGAUAUCUCUAUCCUCUGGGCUGCUCAACCUGAGACCAGAUGACGUUUCCGGGUUAGCUUCUACUCUCCCCAAGAAUAGACUGUUACAGCUUGUCAUUGCACGUGCUCAACAGCAGAUUUAGUCAAACGUUGUCUUGUCUUGCUUUGUUUACGCUUGUUGUUUGUGCUUAUGACUAUAAAAUCAUCAUUAUAUCUCAAAAAG